AUGACGGUGCGUUGUCGUUGGUGUGGCGUGCGUGAAUUAAUAUUUCGCAAUGAUCCGGUGAAGCAAUUUGUCGAUUUUGUCACGAGACCAACGAAGAGCUUCAAACAGAUCAUUUGCAUGGCACAUAACGCUAGCGCGUUCGACUCUCAAUUUAUUCUCCGCUACCUGGUCGAAAGUAACAACUACGUUGAGCCAAAAUUUAUUUUAAACGGUACGAAAAUUAUACUAUUAACCGUUGGUCAAACUAAAUUCAUAGACAGCAUUAAUUAUAUGCCGAUGCGAUUGUCAAUGUUGCCAAAAGCUUUCGGGUUGAAGGGUAUUUCAGGCAAAGGAUUAUUCCCUCAUUUGUUUAAUACCGUCGAAAACCAAUAUUACACCGGCCCAUUACCGGAUAUUCGGUAUUUCUCACCAGAUACGAUGAAACUGGAUGAACGUGAAGAGUUUUUAGCCUGGCAUGCGGAGAUGGGAUAUUUCCUUACGGAGAAAUGGGAAUGCGUCUUCAAUCGAGAGCUGCGUGAGAAUCAGGAGAUGCGUGAUUUUGUAGAAAAUCACCCAAUGCUACGAAUCAUGCCCCUCGAUCCUCGCGACACAUUCUUCGGGGGCCGCACAGGGAAUAUCGUCACGCGGUACGAAGUUACGGGGGAUGAGAAGAUACGUUACGUUGACGUAUGCUCUCUAUACCCCUAUGUGCUGAAGACAGGCGCUUUUCCGAUCGGACAUCCGGAAGUUUACGUGGGCGAAGAGUGUUCCAACUUAAUCGGUGUGGCUCCUGAUUUUAACUUUACUACGGUGGAAGGACUCGUACAAUGCAGAGUACUCGCACCACGCGAACUCUUUCACCCCGUACUACCGUUUCGCACGCAAGCGUGUACACAAGAGAAUCCAGCCGAUCGUGAAUUCGAAGGCACUUGGGUCUCUUGCGAGCUACGAAAAGCCAUUGAGAAAGGCAAUCGUGUGACAUCUGUGAGCGAGAUAUGGAAUUAUAAAAUCUCACGAUACGAUCCUAGUACACGGCAGGGCGAAUUGUUUGCCGAAUAUAUUAAUUGUUUUCUACAGCUUAAGCAGGAGGCCAGCGGUUGGCCGAACGAAUGCGAGGAUAAUGACAAGAACGCAAAAGAAAAUUAUUCAAGGGAUUGUCUGAAUUCCUUCUGGGGAAAAUUCGGUCAACGUUCUAAUCUACCGAAUACAGAGAUUGUUAGAACGCGAGAACAUUUAUUAUCUUUGCUCACAAGUCCUGAGCAUGAAAUAAUAAAUAUUUUGCCUAUAAACGACGACGUGAUCUACGUCACGUGGCGACUGCGACAAGAGGCGCUCGUACCUUCUUCGAUGACAAAUGUAGUAAUAGCGGCUUACACGACGGCGCAGGCACGACUAAAAUUAUACGAAUAUUUAGAAAAAUUAGACCGCCGUGUAUUAUAUUAUGAUACCGAUUCCUGUACAUAUGUGAGCACCGGUGACCCCAAUGAGUACGAACCGCGUACGGGUAAUUUUUUGGGUGAUAUGACGGAUGAGCUUGAGAACCAUGGUCAAGGUAGUUACAUAGAGGCCUUUAUAUCCGGAGGCCCAAAAUUUUACUCCUACGUUGUACGUACCCCGCAAGGUAGAACUCACGAAGUUUGUAAAGUAAAGGGGAUAACCCUAAACUUCGAAAAUUCGAGAUAUAUUAACUUUAGCAGCAUAAAAAAUUUAUUAAUAGCCGGAAAAAUAACCGAAAACGAGAAAGAUGAUGAGAGGGAGGAGGAUUCGCGGAAAACAUCGAUAAAUUUACGUUUUAGAGCGAUUCGACGUACCGCAUUUCACGACGUCGUAACGAGAGACGAGAGCAAAUCAUGCAAGUCUGUGCUACUAAAACGUAGAUUCGACAACAACACAGGACACUCUCUGCCAUAUGGCUACGUGGCGUCGUAA